CGUGACUCGAACUCUGAGUGGGAGACUUGUAUAGAGACGUGCAAUAGAGCUGUGUUGGACUCAGCAAGGCUCGCCACUUUCGAGAAAAAUGGAAGAUGGAGCCAUUCGAGUGCUGGACGCUGAAACCGUUGUGCAGCCUCAACUCGAUCAAAAGAAGACUCUAGGAGAUGUAUCGAAAGCCAAUGGCAGAGCAAAACUGGGGCAUAAGCGAAGCCUUUCGGGGAGUAUCUUGUCCAAGCUGUCUUUCCUGAGAAAUGGGCAAGAGGAAGAUGACACACAAGAGGAAGAAAAGCUUGAAGGUACACAAGAUGGAGUCGGGCGUGAUCUGGGGGAAGCGGACCACAUCAAUAAACCACGGGGAGCAAUGGCAGGGGUGGUCCAACAGCAACGAUCUAGGAGAAGAAAAGGGUCGCUGAGAAAGACUGCCUUGCUUGGCACUGGCAAGCUGCACCUGGAUAAUGAAGACCGCCGCCGCGGAGAAACCGCCGUGAAGGCGUCCGCCAGACAGAUGCCCUCUGAGUUUCCUGCGGACUUUCAUUCCAGUCAGUCAUUGCAAGGACCAAUGUCGGAUUCGAAAAGAAUGGAUGCGCACUCUUCGCAGGGCUCCGAGAUUCGCCUGGUUGAUGAACCCGCGUCUGACAACCUGGGACAAAGAACUGCGUAUGCCAUUGGCUAUCCUGGAUCAUCCGAGAUAACGAAAAUAAACACCUCGGCGCAGAAUGCAUCGCAUGCUCUUGGCUCGCCCGUUACAAGUCCAACGUUAUCCACUACCGACGACGAUGAAGUGCUAACUUUUCCGCAUCGAUAUGUGACGCCAUCAGCGCUGCGUCGUCCGUCGUCUGGAUCAGAUUCCUACUUUUCUUCCCAGCCCAGUGCACUGCAGCGGCGUCGUUCAGGGAACAAGUCAAAGGCAGCGGCUUUGGUGCCUGAUCCAUCAAGUUCUCUCGAAGAAUGGGACUACACAGAGACGGAGCGCUGGGGCUGGAUUGUCCUGGUCGUGACUUGGAUUGUAUUUGUGGUAGGAAUGGGAAGCUGUUUAGGUGUAUGGAGCUGGGCGUGGGACGUCGGCGAGACACCUUAUGCUCCUCCAGAAUUGGAAGAUGAUCCAACUCUACCCGUUGUGGGAUACUAUCCGGCUCUGAUAAUACUGACUGCGGUAAUGGCCUGGGUAUGGGUGGUAGUAGCUUGGGUGGGCAUGAAGUAUUUCAAGCAUGCACAGAUUUCCGGGGAAGAUGUUUGAAAAGGCACACUCGGGAAUUCUUGUAGGCGAUAGCAAAACUCUUUUGGAUGCAUUUCUCAUUUUUGUUUGUGCAGCUGAUGAUGCCACUUGUUGUCAUGCAGAGUGAAUAUCAGUCCCGUUGAUGAGUUGUUUCCCUCUCCGCAUCCUCCUCUUCCUCUUCUUC